CCCACGAUGGCGGAAGAGGUUUCCCACAAAAUUUGAAGUCUUUCGGGAUCAGAAAGUUAGACUGCGAUGUCCAGUCCGAGGCAGUCCGCGGCCAUACCUAGUAUGGUAUAACGACAGCCAACCAGUACUUACAGCGUCCCCUCAUGUCGAAAUGAGGCGACAGAGUCUCAUUAUAUUGGAUUUCCAGCCGGAAGAUGUCGGAGUCUACUCGUGUAAAGCCUUUAAUGAAUUUGGGGAAAUCUGGAAAAAUUUCACCCUUUCUUUGGCAGAAGUUUCGCCAAGUGAAUCAGUGAGAGAAAGAGCGACAGUAUCGAAUCUCCAGUCCGGUGAAAGAAGCUCACCGUUUUUCACUGAUCCAAAAGGACUAUUGAAGAAUUUUAUUGUUGUCCCUGCUGGAAAAAGUGUAACACUCUCUUGUCCCGCAGAUGGGUUUCCUAAACCAAAUAUAACAUGGAUGAAAGACUCUAGACCAAUUGUUCGUUUUAUUGGUAAACAGAUUAUAUAUAAACGCUGGAACAUGACAAUGGAUGUUGUUGGGCUUGAUGACAGAGGAAAUUACACUUGUUUGGUGGCGAACAGCGAAGGUAAAAUCAACCGGACUUUUGAAGUUCAUGUUCAAGAACGUUUAACACGGAGACCUAUUAUUCGAGAUGGCUAUCCCUCUAAUCAAACAGUGUACGUAGGACAACAGGCAAGAUUUGAAUGCCGCUUCUACAGUGAUCUUCACCCGGACAUACGCUGGUUGAAAUAUUAUAUGGUGAACGAGUCUUAUACAGAUCAUAAUGGAAGCUCUUAUGUCAGUGUUGUUGAGAGCAAUACUCAGAACGUCACAGAUCCCCAACUGCUAAUAAUCAAUAAUGUGACUAAGGAAGAUGAAGGCUGGUAUGCUUGUCUUGCGUGGAACACCAUAGGAUUUUCUAACAGAACCGUUUGGCUCUCUGUCCUAGAAGCCUCUGAUGAAGUGGGAGAAAGAACUGGAGUAAAGGUUUCCUCUUUUCCGUGGGUGGUGUUUGUGGUUGUACUCACCAGUGUACUAGUAUUAAUCUUACUGGCGAUAAUAUUGUGUCGAUAUCAACUUGCCAAACAACAGAAAAACAAGGUCAACCUACUUACCACACAGAAUCACAUCAUCAUCAAAAAGAAGGUUAUCUUAGAGAGGCCUGAACCUGGCCUUUUGGAACAGUCUGUGGCACCCCUUGUGAAGAUUGACGUUACGCAAGGAUAUCCGUCAUCGGAUAAAAGUUCAGUAUCUGAGUACGAAAUUCCUCCAGACCCACUUUGGGAGUUUCCUCGAGAAAGAGUGGUCUUAGGAAAGACUCUAGGUGAAGGAGCUUUUGGGCAAGUGAGAAAAGGGGAAGCGUAUGGUUUGACGGACAAAGAAGGUCCAACCGUUGUGGCCGUGAAAAUGUUAAAAGAUGCACACAUUGACCAGGAGCUGGCCGACUUAGUGUCAGAGAUGGAAGUCAUGAAGAUGAUCGGAAAACACGUGAACAUCAUCAACCUUUUAGGCUGCUGUACCCAGGAUGGACCACUUUACGUUAUUGUGGAAUAUGCCCCUAACGGUAACUUACGAGACUUUUUACGAGCUCAUAGGCCUAGCUCAGGAUAUGAACAAGCCAUUGGUAGUGACUUGAAGCCAAAGACUUUAACUCAGAAAGAUUUAAUCUCAUUCGCUUACCAGGUGGCUCGUGGAAUGGAAUAUUUAGUUUCAAGAAAGUGUAUCCAUCGUGACUUGGCAGCACGUAACGUUCUCGUCACAGAAGACAAGGUGAUGAAAAUAGCCGAUUUUGGAUUGGCUCGAGACAUACAUAACAUUGACUACUACAAGAAGACCACUGAUGGCCGGCUCCCAAUAAAAUGGAUGGCACCAGAAGCUUUAUUUGACAGAGUGUACACAAGCCAAAGUGAUGUCUGGUCUUUUGGUGUAUUGGUGUGGGAGAUCACGACUCUUGGAGGAACACCGUAUCCAUCAGUUCCAAUCGGGAAACUAUUCCACCUUCUACGAGAGGGACACAGGAUGGAGAAGCCUCAGUACUGUUCUCUUGAAGUUUAUAUGAUUAUGCGUGAAUGCUGGCAGAACUAUCCUCAUCAACGUCCAAGUUUCUCGGAGUUAGUAGAAGAUCUGGACCGCAUCUUGACCAUUUCAUCUGAACAGGAGUAUCUUGACUUGAAUAUGACCUUUCCUGCACUGAAAACCCCACCAUCCAGCUGUUCAUCGUCCGACGUUGACCUGGAUUCCGAGGAAGAUACAAGUGAUGAUUUCUCAAGUUCUCCAUGCUAGUAAACAUACAAGCACAUAUUAAUUGCUGCGUGGAUGGUUGACCUAUGGAAAAGUUGUGUUAAUUCUAACAAAACAUAGAGGCCCAGGUCUCCUGCCAGUUAUUUUUCCCCCUUGUCUUGUGUGUAGAAGUUAACUUAUUGGCCAAAGACUGCCUUGUAUAUAAACAUUACUAUCAAAAUAGUUCUUUUCUUGACCAGUCUCCACUUCCAAAGUAGUGCGACAGCAACAGGCAUGUGUCAGUACAGUGGGUGUACAUUUUAUUCUGUUUUUACAGAAAUAUUUAAUUAAAAAGAACCAACACUGGAAUAUGAAUACUCCCGAAAGAAACUAAACGUGUCAUGUUAAAUGCCCAGAAAUUUUCCCAGUUAUUUGGAAAAGUAAUGAAGACAAUGGGUUUGUGUAAUAAAAUGUUUGGUACAUCUGCUUGUUUUACAAGAAGGAAAUUUCUAUGAAUCCUCUCACCAACUAUUAUUGAUGUAAAUAGGGAAAGUUGUGCAAGAUUUCACUCGUUUAGCACGAGUUAUUUAAGAUGUGCAUGUGUUAAUAAACGUUUAUUUGUAUUAUAUUACAUACGAGUAGCUCCACUACGAAAAACAAACCCUUUGGGCUCGUCCAUCAACUACAGUUCUUGUCUGUUCGAGUGUUAUGGUUUUCUUAAGUUUCAACCAGUGAACUUUUAAUUUCGGUUUUCACAGUUGUAUAAAGAUUUCAAAAACCAAUACAAAUAUUAUAACCAGAUUUGUAUCUUGAUUAUCACAAAUUGUAGCUCUUUGAUGCUGGACUUUUAAUGUAAGAAUCAAGAAUCGCAAACAGAAGCUGAUAAAAAAUAAAGGUUUAAGUGUAUAAUUUUGACUAUUACAGAUAAUAUCAUUAAAAAUAAGCUCCAACCCCCUACACAUGAAAGUUAUUGCUGUAUGCACAACCAAAUUUAUUCUGUUAUUAAUUAAAGUGUUUAUUUCCAUGAAAAGUAGGUUAGCACCAGUUUUACAAAUCCUGCUGGAAAGGGGGUUUGUUUGAAUAUUAACUUUCCUUGUAUUUUAAAAACCAGGUAUUAAAAUUAGUUAACACUGAACCAUUGUAUAACAGAGGUACAUUUUACAACUGUUAAUAAAAACUAAAGAAUUGACGAGACCAUAA